AAUACGUAAAACUCGGCUGCUCAUCGCAUCACAUUUUCUCGUUCACGGUCGUGCCAAAAGUUUCGUCAGUUCGUGAGAUUCGGCUUGCUAGAGGCCACCUCCAAUUUUCAAAUUGGAUCUCCUACGCCGUGUGACCGACUUGUUUCAGCAAACAGAGUCCAAUAUGCCCCCUCUAAGCGACGAGUCAUCCGAGGACGAGUCGGCUGGCGAGUCCAUUCCGUUCAAAAACGCCAACAAGGUCGCCGACGAAAGCGAAAAUGAAGAUGGAAGUGAUGAGGAAGGCGGCGACGUAUACGUCGUUGAAUCGAUUGUCGGCCACGAGUUUCAGAAAAAUGUCCUCAUGCUGAACGUGAAAUGGAAAGGAUAUGACGACCCCGCCGAUCAGACCCUGGAGCCAGAAGAGGGGUUACUGGAAGGUGCAGAGGAUGCGGUCAAAGAAUAUUAUGCGAAAAUUGGUGGUCGUCCGGAACCACCACCAAAGCCUGGGCGAGGAAAGCGAAAGUCCAUGACAACAAGUGCGAAAGCGACCCCGGAAAGCACCACUGCAAAGAGACAGAAAGUAUCAAAGGAAGAAACAAACGGCACAGACGCUUCGGGCGCGGAUAUUCCUCGCGGUAUCCCAGACUGGGUGCGCGAUAAAGAUCAUUGGGAGCGGGACGUUAAGAAGGUGCAGACGAUCGAGAACGAUGGAACACACGGCCUGGUGGCUUACCUGAACUGGACAAAUGGCAAGACGACGAAGGUGUCAAUUGGUCUAUGUUAUGAGAAAAUACCCCUUAUGAUGCUCAAGUUCUACGAAGCACAUCUUGUGUUCAAGGGUGCUUCGGCUGAUGAAUGAGACUGAGAUAUCCUGGCUCCUAUUGAUUCAAUAGGAACGUUCCAGGACAGAACGGGGGAAAACCAAUCUUUAACAAGAUAUACAAGUACAACGACCAUUUUCUCGAAAUAUGAUGGUGGUUGAAAGAAGCUACCUACAUCUAUUUAGCGACACGAAUGGGGGUUGCUUCUCUUUGUGACGUUCACUGCUCUGCCCUGCGUUUAAUAUCCUAUAUUCUAUUACGAUGCAGAUUUGCAGAUUUGCAGAUUAUGAGGAAGGUAGGGAGUUGGACUUUAGGUCCACACGGCCUUUUUUUGGUACAAGGAGAAUUUUCUGAUGCUGGCUACUGUAAUUUUAAGGAGUUAUUGAAUCUUCAAGUGCUUUUUUACAUGUCUAUUGACACUGGAGUGGUA